UUCUGUUUUUGCGAUGAAAGACUCGCGGCUUGGAAGCAUCAUGCUUUUUAUAAUCUUCUUGAUAUUUGUGGGAGCAUCAGAUGCAAAACCUCUUGAUUAUGAAGACGUUGCAAAUCUGUUGCCAACGGAACCUCAAACUACAAACGAUACAUUGACUGCUAUUGUACAGGAUCCAGUGGUGCAAGAUGCUGUGCAAAAUGCAGUUGGCAAUGGAUCCUUAGAAGGCUUAGUAGUAAAAAAAAAAGUACUUGUUAUGCCAGCCACUGAACCUAAUAAGGUAGUGUCACAACGUGAGCAAAUCCUUGUCGUUCCUAUGGUGCACUUAGAGGAUGUACGAAAAAAUAUAACAGAUACUGUAAACGCGAAAACCGAUGUAGACGGUUUAACACUUGCAAAUAUCGAUUCUUUUAUUGAAAAUGACGAAAAUGGAUAUGCAAACUCGGAAAGCAAAGAUAGUUCAUCCUAUGCAUCGCAGCGUAAUGAUUUCUACGAAACAUUAACCGAGAUAUCUAAGACUACACGGAAGCCAACGUUUCCUAUCGAUAACAUACCACAAGAGAUUCCAUACCUCGUGUCAAACCCGAGCCAGGAAAUAGCGCCUUCAGAACCACCGCCCGUGAUAUCAGUACCAAUCAUCGCAUUUCUUGAUCCCGCAAAAAUUUCUAAUGAUAAAAUUGACGUACCGAUUGUGGCGUUAUCACAAGAUGAAACUUUGAAAAACCAAAUGGAAAAUGAACGCGAUAAAAUUCAACGAAACAUUCAAAAUUAUGUUGAUACAAGCUCGUUGAGCGUGGAUCUUGAUAAUUGGCGACUCACUUCGUUUCCUUCAGAGAUGCAAGUAUCACCUUCACUGUAUGAAUCAAGCAUAAAAGAGACGAGAAACGCGAAUAAUGUUAGUCCUGAAAAUUCAUUAUCAGUUUUAAUGCCUCGUGUUGAUAUUGUAACACCACUUUUUUGGACUUCGGAUGCAGAUAUUAAUUAUUCAAAAGAUCCACAUGAUAUGGAAGUCGCCGCAGAUAUCGUUUUCAGGCCGCUCUUCAGAUAUCGACAAGAGGCGCAGCAGAGAUCUUACAGAAGAUCGACUUAUAGAAGAUACAAUUCUUACAAUUCCUAUCCGAGACGUAAUUAUCGAUACAGACCUCGAUAUUCGGAUUAUUAUUAUUAGUAUUGUAAUAGCGAAUAUUUUUAUUACUAAAAAAUUGAGAUAACGUUAAUAAAUAACGAUCUUUUAUGAUGUAGUUAACAGCGUUAAGAAUUAAAUGUGCAAUUAUUAAGUUAUUAAAUUUAUUCAUGUUUA